CAAAGCAUGUUCUGAGGAAAAAUGGUGAUCCGGGAAGCCUGUUUGGAUUCUCCCUGGCACUGCACCAACAACUGAAUCCUGUCAAUAAGAAACUAUUGCUGGUUGGAGCACCACGCGCCAAGUCAUUGACCAAAGCUGAAGUUACGGGAGGAAUCUACCAGUGUGAGCUCACCACUGAUUCUAAGAGCUGUGAGCGUGUCAAGCUCGACAACAAUGAGUUUGUUAAAAGCAGUGAUGUCAAAGACCAAUGGAUGGGUGUACGAGUGACAAGCCAAGGCCCUGGUCAAAGCGUGAUGACCUGCGCACAUCGAUACCAGGAGUGGAGCACCAAUCCUGACACCCCUAACCUCGUAUUCGGUCAGUGCUAUAUCCUGGGGGAGGAUCUCCACAAGAGUGAUGCCCAUAGAAUCUGGAGGAGGGUGAUCUGUGAUGACAGAAAACACAUCAAGGAUAAGCCUAAGAAUCCUGAUUGGUUCGGAUACUGUCAACAAGGUCAUUCUGCCGCCUUCGCCAAGGACAACACAUCUCUGCUGUUUGGGGGCCCCGGAGCUUACCAGUGGAAAGGAAUUGUGAGAAUGGAGUCCCUAGACAACCUUGAAGUGUCAAAUGAAGAGCCCCGUGAAACUGGGGAUGUGGACAGACUUGACCGUGACCUCAUCCCUCUCCUUAACAACAGUUAUCUAGGGUUCUCAAUCGACUCUGGAAUGGCCCUCACCAAGAAGGGCCAGCUGACUAUAGUGUCUGGGGCACCACGAGGUGGUUUCAGUGGGGAGGUGGCAUUUCUGAAGAGAGACCCAUUGGCUGAAAGAAGUCUAUCUGUGGAAAACAUUCUUAAUAAAGGCCCAGGCCUGGCCUCAUCCUUUGGCUACGACAUAGCCGUGGUGGACCUCGAUGCUGAUUGGUACAGAUUUCAGCCAGUAGCUUUGUCACAAUUAUCUCCCCUUCCUCCCAAAGUGUCCAUUGUUCACCUCCUUUCAAUGAUUUGAAAGGAAGUUACUGGUAUACGAAAUAUGGUGGAAACUCUCACUAUCCGUGCCUCCACCAAUUCAAUGCUUUAAAGAGAUUCUCCGGUACAUAGUUCUGAAAGUAGUGCUCAAGAGCCAAAAGUGGUCCCUGUAAAUUGCCUACUAAGUCACAUAUCUGCAAUGAUGUGCACCACAUCAUUGCGCUCUCUCUAGCUCUGCUGUUUGUGCAUCUUGCUAGCUGUCACUCAAAUGAUGAGGGGCUGAAGCUCAAUGGCUAGAAUUGCUAGAGGGCUGGGCCAUGUGGGGGAAAAUGUUGGGGAAAU